UUCAAUUGAAGCGCAAUGUUUUAUUUAUGUUUACGCCUUUAAUUAAAUUAAGACAACAUAUGUGAUUCUAACUAUUGUGUUUUUAAUCCUCCUGUUUUAAUUAAAUUUCUGUUACAAUUUUCAAACUGAGAAACAUUGAGUCCUAUGAUGUUGGUUUCAACAUCAUAAAUAUCGAGCGCAGUAAAUAAGAAAUACCAAUUUUAUUUACAACGAGAUUUGCGUUUCAAAAAAUAGAAUGCGGAUUUUAAAUAUUCUUUUUCAAGUUUCAUAUUUAGUAAAAAAGAUUAUUUAUGGAGGAAUCUGCUUGUUUAAUCACACACGAGCAAAACAAUGUAUCAGCUUCAGAUGGCGAAAAUGUCCAGAGCUUUCCUUGGAAAAGUGGCGAAAUGCCCUGUGUCAAAAACAAAGUUCCUAUUCUGGCAUUGACAGGACUUCUAACUGCCAGUUUUGGAAUUGUCAUGUUUUUUAUAUUCCCUCUUAUUAUGCAAGCUGAAAUUAAAAAGAAAUUAGUUCUAAAAGAAGGCACUGAAGGAUACAAAAAUUGGAACGAUAUUCCUGUACCCAUAUAUCUUUCUAUAUAUUUUUUUAACGUAACUAAUACUGAUGAAAUAUACAAUUACAAAAAGAAACCCGUUUUGCAAGAAUUGGGUCCAUAUACUUUUAGGUAAGUGCACUCAAUAAUCAUGA